AUGCCUACACAGGCUAUAUCACUGGCCGGGGGCCUUUUGCUGCUAAUUUAUCUCGUGACUCAUCUCAUCCGGAAGGUUUCCUUCGAGAUGUACUUCAGAACCUUCUUCAGAGAAGUCGCUUCUAUGAUGCAGCAUCCCGGGGGAGUGCAGCAGCUGCGCUGGAGGGCCCUGGCCUUCUUCGGAAGCUGGAGAGACUUUGCUGCUCCGCGGCACACAGCCCAAGUUCUGGGGCUCAUUUUGGCUGCUGGGGGCCCCGACGCGAAACAUGAGGCUUCCCGAAUUGCGUCUGAGUUGGCGGCCGUUGAGGCUCCUUUAGAUGCACAUUUUGUGAAGCAGAUCCACGGCAGGCGGAACGGGCGAGCGCCGCCGCUCCAGAACAAGUGGACUGCUGCGGGUGCUGCUGCUGCUGCUGCUGCUGCUGCUGGGCUGGCGGAGGAAAACAGCCUCAAGUCCCGCGUUUUGCUCGUCCUUGCUGUGGCUUACUGGGAAGCAGAAAGUUUCUGUCGAAUUGUUUUAAAUGAUCCUGCAAGUUGCUUGCUGGUGCUCGCAAUAUAG